AUGGAUCAUCUUGAUGAAAAUGAAGAAGAGGAAGAAGAAGAUAUUGAAAGUAUGAUUAAGAAAGAGUUGGAAGAUAUUAAGGCUUCUAAACCUACUCAUUCACUAGUUCAACGGUUCGUUUAUAAGAAAACAGAUUGUGAAUGCUUGGGUUUCAUUCGAUUUCCAAAGGGUCGUAACCCAAUCCAAUUCAUAAACCAUAUGGUCAAAAAAGUUCACGAAGGUCAACCCGGUUCCGGACUACGAUAUAUCCAACGCGUCACACCGGUCACAGCCACUUGUCCAUCAACCAGUCUAACAGCCUUCAAAUCACUUGUCACCCAAGUUCUCAAGCCAUACUUUGGUCUUGAUCGAACCACCUCAUCCACUUCUUUCGGUUUACAAUACCGAAUCGAACCUAUUAUAAGGUGUCAUGAUCAACCUUUAAAUCGAACAGAAGUGAUCAAAUCGAUUGGAGAGAUUGUAGAAGACUUUAAUUCGGAAAAGUAUAUUGGAAUAAAACCAUUAGAAGAUCAAGUGGAUUCUAGAAUACCUUUGAAACAUAAAGUUAACCUUAACAAUGCCAAAGUGGUCAUCCUAGUCAGUGUAUAUAAGUAUGUGGUUGGUAUUAGUGUUGUUUCUGACUACGAUCAAGAAUGUAAAAGGUUUAACCUUCAAGCUAUUGCAGAAGCUAGAGAAAAAACUCAACUUGAUACCUCGGCCAAACUUAAGCCGAUAGAAGUCAUGCCUACAGAUAGUUCAAUUUCUAUUUGUUCUUGA